AUGGCUUUUCCGGAUGAGAUUGCUAUUGAUGCUUUGUCUGUGAGCAAUCAGGGGAGUACUUUGGAGGAUAAGUUGGCUAAUGAAGGGCCUGAUUUUGAGUGCUUGGACGAGAAUUUGAAGAAGACGUUCUACAAGUAUUUGGAGAUCAGAGGAGUGAAAGCAAGCACUACGAACUUUUUGCAUCAGUACAUGAUGAGGAAAGUGAAGAGAGAGUACUUGUUGUGGUUGAAGAAUGUUAAGAAGUUUAUGGAAGAGUGA